AUGAAACGGAAACGGAAGGAUACGGCUAAGAUAUGUUUCGAGACCGUUAAAAAACCAGCCGCAUCGCACAACGGAGAAGAAGAAGAAGAACACGGAGAAGACGACUUACCUGGUCAACGGACGGCGGUGCAAGUGGUGGCUGGACCUGGAUCAUCUGGAUAUUUGAGUUACAGAUUUGAAGUAAUGCCUCCUCCAGAAUCCUGCAAACAGCAGUUAAAGAUCUGUAUAGAUGCUGAGCAUGCAAAAUGUAGCAUCUGCUUAAACAUCUGGCAUAAUGUUGUUACUGUUGCUCCUUGCCUUCAUAACUUCUGCAAUGGAUGUUUCUCAGAGUGGUUAAGGAGAUCACAGGAGAAACAAUCUACUGUGCUUUGUCCUCAGUGUAGGGCAGCUGUACAUUUUGUUGGUAGAAAUCACUUUCUGCAGAGCAUUGAGGAGGAUAUACUUCAAGCUGAUUCUUCAUUAAAACGUUCAGAUGAAGAAAUUACUCUUCUAGAUUCCUAUGCAUCAAUAAAAUCUAAUCUUGUCAUUCAAAGUGGUAAGAAGCGGGCACGUACAAAUGAUGUGGAAAGUGGAGAAGAACAUAUGGAGUUCCCAUGCCUUCAAUGUGGUACAGAAUUUAGUGGCUUUCGCUGCAGUGAACACAUGAUCCAUUUGCAAUGUCAAGCUUGUGGAGGAAUGAUGCCUUCCAGAACUGAUAUUAAUGUACCACAACACUGUUUGGGAUGUGAUAGAGCAUUUUGCAGUGCUUAUUGGCAUGCUCAAGGGGUUCACAGAAGUAACUCUCAAAUGGUGUGCGGUAAUGAGAAUUUUAAACCGGUUUCUCAACACACUAUCUCUCAGAUUCCAUUUUUGGCGCAUGAGAUGAAUCGGCAUGAACAGGAUAUCACUGCGAGGUGUAUCAGACAGAUGGGAAAAACAUUGCAAGAUAUUGUCUCAGAUUGGAUUAGCAAGCUGAACAACGGAGAAAUUGAUCGGACAAGAAUGCCAUUGAAUCAUGCUGAGAUGAUAACUGCAGGAACACAUGUUUGCAAUGAUUGUUAUGAUAAACUGGUCUCCUUUCUCUUGUACUGGUUUCGGGUUUCAUUGCCCAGACAUUUUCUACCAGCUGAUGCAAUUAACAGGGAAGAUUGCUGGUAUGGAUAUGCAUGUCGUACCCAACACCAUAAUGAAGCUCAUGCUCGUAAAAGAAAUCAUGUCUGCCGUCCUACGAGGGUUUCUUAUCAAUAAAUAAUUUCUAACUUUAUAUUUGUGUUUUGUUCACUUAUUGCACAUAUUGUACUUAAGUAAAAUCGCCUCGCAAACUUUCUCAUCGCAUGGCAGAUUUCUAUUUUGAAAGCUAGGUUUUGGUAUUACAGGCCUUGUGAGACAGCUAGGGCAUCUUCACUUGUGAAAAUUUAUAACCAAAAAGUUGUGGAAAGGCAACGAGUUACAUUUGGGAUAUUUAUGGAUAUGGAGUUGUUUUUAGGUUAA